AGAUAUAAAUCUCAUAGCACACCUCAAUAACACAGCAUUUUUUUUACCCUACCACAAAUUUAACACAAACUUGGCUCUGGGUAACUCGGCAACUUGUUCAUGCACUCGUUCUGUAUAUGUGUACAUGACCUCGAGAUAGUCAGAAGACCAAUCACCAGCCACCUACCAAACACUCGACCAAUCCACAGCAUUCUCAUCCCCUAUUUUAACCCCACCGCGGUGGUAAAACGCGCGAAUCGCAAAUCGCGGUUUCUACAACAGGGUGUAGCGAUCUUCCACCCCCAAAAUGGCUGCGAAAUCGCGCGGGCAUUAGGAACGCCGUUCAAAAUAAACGGGCGGAUUAAUUUGAGGGGUAACUUUGAGGAAAUAUAAAGAGAAAAAACAUAUAAGUUUACUUCUACCACUUCUACGACCACAGUUUUACUACACUCCCUCACCUUGGGGUCUAGUUCAAUUCAAGGUACAUAUCAGAACGUUGGAGAAUAGUCUGAUGGUCAUAAGGGGUUGCAGACAUCAACCGCACACGUACAUCGCGCGUUCACGGUUACAAGUUUUAAGUCUCAUUAAUUUAUCUUACAAGUUAACAAUAAUAUCAAAUGUGCAUUCAAUUAAAUUUCUUAAAAUUUAAAUCUUCAAAAAAGUUGUGAUCAUUAAUUUUAUUUCCAUCAACAAUUAACAGUUAAUUAUUUUACUGUUGGUGAGUGAUUUUAAUUUUUAAAAAAUGAUGCAAGAACACAAAUCGUUUCUUAUAAGAGAUCUUUUGGGUGACGUACUUGCAGAACGUGUCCAAGAUGAUUCAGAAGACGACUCGGCGCUUCACUCAGACUCCGAAGAUACGAUAGAUCCUGGAAGUAGCCCCUGCACAAGACUGAGCAGUCCGAAUCCAUUGCUAUCACCGUCGCCGGAUCCGCCAGUUAACUCAAUAAAAUCUUGCGGCGGACCUACUUCGGGUGGCACUCAAUCAGGACGCAAACCUCGAAGAAGACGUACGGCAUUCACUCACGCACAAUUGGCUUAUCUUGAACGUAAAUUUCGCUGUCAGAAGUAUCUGAGUGUUGCUGAUCGUAGUGAUGUAGCUGAUGCUUUGUCGUUGUCCGAAACUCAAGUUAAAACAUGGUAUCAAAAUAGAAGAACAAAGUGGAAGCGCCAAAAUCAACUAAGACUUGAGCAAUUACGGCACCAAGCGACGGUAGAAAAAGAACUUCUCGUACGCGGAGUUGGACUUCAUCAUGGCAGCAUUGACGCUUAUUGUCCGCCGUACUCACAAACCGGAAACUCACCACAUCCACAGCCACCUCCUCCACCACCAGCACCUUCCUCAGCGUCAACCGCAGCCUUUUUGUCCACCGCAGCCGCACUUUUUCGCAAUGUCACAUACGUACACGGAUGUCCACUUUAACAUCCAUCGACUUCCAUUGACUAUCAAUCAUGGAAUUAACAAUCACAACUUUCUGUAAAUAUGUAAUUAUCAUAUUAAUUAAUACAAUUAUUAGAUUACUUAUAAAAUAUUAUUUAUCAUCAUAAUUAUUAUUUAAAUACAUACCAUGUGGUGUGUUUGUGCAAUUUUAUUUAAAAUCUUUAUUUUUAAAAAUCCAAAAAAUAUCUAAGACUUGAAAUAAUAAAAAAAUUUAAUUAUUAUCAAUUAGUAUUGUGAUGCACUAAGUAAUUUUAAUUGUGCAAUUUAAUAUAAAAAAAAUAAC